UACAGGAUUCACAUAGGCUGGGUGAUAUUUGUUGAUCCUUUAACUCAGUAUUAUGUUUUGAUAGCAGCCUCUAUGCAACGACAAAGGAAUUUUGUGUACAGUGUGUUGAGCCUGCAAGGAAUUUUUGUCAAGAGUUUCCAUCAACCACAUAACAGAUUGGUCUUUUAUGGUUGCUUAAUGGUAUGCUUUUUGAAGAACAGACAUGAGCUUGUGUGCACGACGAGUCACAUUGCCUGCAAUCACUCCACUUGUACUGCAGAAACGGGUAAUUAAAGUAUUUAAUGAGGAUGGCAGCAGUCAAGCAUUGGAAGUGCCAAGUGACAUCAUAGCUCGCGAUGUCUGCCAGUUGUUCAUACUGAAAAAUCACUGUGUCAAUGACAACACCUGGACUCUCAUUGAGCAUCUUGCUCAUAUUGGCGUAGAAAGAAUUGUAGAAGAUCAUGAAUCAGUGAUUCACGUGCAGUCAACCUGGGGGAUGGACACAGACAGCCGAUUAUACUUCAGAAAAAAUUAUGCAAAAUAUGAAUUCUUUAAAAACCCUUCAUUUUUUCCAGAGCACAUGGUGUCUAGUUGCAGUGAAACAAAUGGAAGUUUAAGUCAUUCCCAGUUAAUACAGGAUUUCCUGAAUUCAAGCAUGUGUCCUGAGAUUCAUGGCUACCUUCAUGCUAGAGAGCAGGGAAGGAAGACAUGGAAGAAAUGUUACUUUGUCUUGAGAAGGUCUGGGUUAUACUUCUCCACGAAAGGUACAUCUAAGGAACCAAGACAUUUACAGUUUGUUGCCGAGUUCAGUGAAAGCAAUGUUUACACACUGUUAUCAUCAGGAAGGAAGAUGUAUGGAGCCCCAACAAAUUUUGGAUUCUGUAUCAAGCUUCACAAAUCAGGAGGUACCAGAGAUCUGAAGUUGCUUUGUGCCGAAGAUGAACAGAGUAGGACAUGCUGGGUGACAGUGAUUCGACUUUUUAAGUAUGGAACACAGUUGUACCAAAACUAUAAAAUACCGCAGCAAAGGAGAGGUAGCCUUACAUCACUGAAUUCAUCACCAAUGAGGAGCAUCUCGGAAAAUUCACUGGUAGCUAUGGAUUUCUCUGGACACAAAGGAAGGGUAAUUGAAAACCCUACGGAGGCACUUACAGUUGCUGCUGAAGAGGGGUUGGCAUGGAGGAGAAGAAGCUGUCAUCGUUUGAAUGCAUAUGGAAGUCCAACUACGUCACAGAGCACUACUCCAUGUCAAGCUAUUCACAGGAUGCAGCUAUGGUUUCAUCACCGACUCUCCAGAGAUGAAGCUCAAAAACUGAUAGAACAACAAGGUCUUGUGGAUGGGAUGUUCUUACUGCGGGACAGUCAAAGUAAUCUGAAAAGUUUUGUUUUGUCACUGUGCCAUUGUCAGAAGAUAAGACAUUUUCAGAUUGUUCCGCUAGAAGAAGAUGGAGAAUUAUAUUAUUCCCUGGAUGAGGGUCACACCAAAUUUACUGAUCUUAUCCAGCUUGUGGAGUUUUACCAACUCAACAAGGGCGUGCUGCCCUGCAAACUGAAACACCACUGCGCUCGAAUUACACUUUAAUCUCUGAAACCAUCAGCCCAUCUGGAAGUUGGGAAUAAUAAACACAAUGAGGGCUCAGGACCAACACACCAGAACUCUGCAAAGGUAUUUGUUAAUCUUCAUUGUGCCUCAGACCAAGGGAAGACUGAGUGGAACUGGAUGGAUAAGUUAAUGCAAGUCAGUACCUGUUGGCUGAUUUUAUCCAAUUCACAUAAGUGGAAUCAAUGUUUCAUUAUGCACUUCUCUUAAUGGCAGAAUUAUCAGAACAAAUAUUGCAUUACUAAAAACUACACUGUUCGAGGGAGAGAUUCACAAGAAAGUGGUCUCUGCUCAACAAGUGAUUUUUUUUUUAUAAGACAUUGAAGUGGUAUUACUGUUCAUUGCAUGCCACGAGUAAUAAAGCACAAUGUUUGCCAAGAGAUUGAUUCUUCAAAUAAAAACGAACAUUAAAGAUAGUGGCAAAACAGCCUAUUUUCAUACUUUGAAGAGAGGUUGAGCAAAAGUGCAGAUUCAGACAAGUACAUUAUUUUGGAAAUUGAGAACUGUGAUUUGAAUUAACUAUUGGUGGACAUCAUAUGUGAAGGAACAUGGUUGCAAUGUGUUAGAACAUCCAGCAUCGCUUUGCACAAUGUAAUUUUAAAUAUCAAGCAUUCCUAAAAUAUGUUGAAUUUGCUUAACGCCUUACAUCUUUAUUUCCUCAAAAAUGCUACAAAUGAUUACCUAAAUUGAGUUUUGUGGUUCAAUAUGUAAUUGUUAGUACAGAAUACAUUAAUUUAAAUGUGUUAUAGCAAUGAAACUGACACUAUUCACUGUUACCAAAUCAUUGCUUGGUUAUGUCCUUAUAAAUCUGGUAUUCUAGUCCUCAUGGUUGAUUGUCAGAAUAGGCUUUGCUCUAAAAUAAAUUAUUUGGAAAUUAGUCCAUAUUAUGACCAAUGUAGCAUAUCAAUGGGCUAUGUGAAUGUAGCCAACCCACUAAUGAUGUCUGAUUGAGAACUGACUUUAAUAGGUUUUGAAAUUAAAAUGAAGCGCUUCUUCUGACAAGCAGUCCUUGUCCCUAUUUUUUUAAAUGUGUUAAAGAAAGUAGUGUAAUCCUAAAUAUUUAGGGAUUAAAUAUUGCGUUCUGCUCAUGUUCUUGCUAUGCUGUUUAAAAAUGCUUGCACAUCACCAGAGCUUUGUAAUAAUGAAAUAAUUUAUUACCCAAGUAUAAAUCUGAGAUAAUUUUUUUCUAUAGAAUGGCAAAUUUUCAUUGUGCAAUGUUUUUGCAGCUAAAGCAUUCAGCUUGUUUCUUGUAAAAUAAUUUGAACAUGACAAUGUGAGGAAUUUAUCUCUCUAACUGAAGGAAUGCAGACACCUUGGGCUAUAUUUGGCUACUGAGGCGAGUAGCUUGAGUUGAGAAAUUUCUUGACAUGUCAGACCUGUCUCAGUAAAAAGUGCCCAGAAUCGUGAGAUUUUCAUUCCCAGGGGUGGUUGCAGGAUGGAGUGUGGAUGCUGACCCUAGAAGCAGAGCAUGGGUGGCGAUAAGGGCGGGUGAAUGCCAAGAUAGGCUGGUUAUAAGGCUCAUCUUUGUUCUCUGGGACUUUGUCCCAGUGGUUUUAGAAGAUUUUAGGCUGUCUAGCCCUCACCCUCAGUGCCCCCUCCACCAUGGCCCCUCAUGCCCCCAUGGCAACUCAAUACUAAUUCAUGCUCCCCAUCCAAUCCUCAUGGCCCCUCAUACCCACCCCCAUAGACACUCACCCAGUAACCACCAUGGAUAGACCUCAGGAGUUAUGUGGAGAUAAAUUAAAACAAACUUUUAAAAAUCUCUCUUGAUAGUUAAAAACACUCCCAUUCAAAGUGAUUAAAACAAACUUCUGUUCAAACCCCUUAUCCUUUAAUAGCCUCUUAAGCUGUCAGGCAAUCUAUGAACUCAGAACCCCUUAAGAUGAAUAGCUUUUGAAACUCAGCCAAGCAUUCAUAACGAAUAGCUGUUGAAGAAAUGUGGAUAAAGAACUCUAUUGAAACUGCGCAGACAGAUGCUACAGCCACUGGCCUGUCAAUUAAAGCAGUUGGGCAGAGUUGUUUUGAACACUGACAGCUGCGGCCAGUUAUUUUUACAGUUUAAAGAGUGGGGAAUUUAAAAAUCUUCAGAUCAUGACAGUUAAACAGCCCUUAUCUGCUUUUCAAGAGCAUUUGUCUACCCCAUAAAUUUGUGACUCCCACACUGCAGGUUAAGGCCAGUGCUGCAGGCAAAAUAGGAUCUGUUUGAAUUCAGCACCUAGUUUAAAUGGCUCUGCUGCGUUUGGGUUUCCCUCCUGUGUGAAUCAUGCCCUGUGGAGGGGUAGGGCGGUGGUGGGAGUGGGGGGAAGAAUCCUUUUUAAUGUGAGUUUUCUGCUGUAAAAACUUUUCAAAAUAUUUUUCUACAGAUCAGCCUGCAGGAGAAAUGAUGGGUGAACCAGUUAUAGACUGGCCUAUUUUCUGUUAAAACAAACUGUUUCAUUGUCCUUUUCUACAUGAUGAAUAAAGUUUUCUUCAA